AUGUCCGAUCCUAAAGAUACACCGACCGAAAACGCCGACCCUCAACUUCAAGUCGACAAGAAUAAAGUGGACUAUGCCCCGAAAAACGCUACGGCAGGAAAUUUCAAGUUCUAUCCUGACAAUCCGGAAUCAACCUUCAAUAAGUACAGGUUUGCUGCCAAGGACGCCAGCCAGUUUUACGAUCCCUGCCAGGAGUCCUCGAAGAUGAGCAUGAAGUGCUUGGAGCUCAACGACUACGACAAAUCCAUGUGUCAGGAGUAUUUCGACGCAUACAGAGAGUGCAAGAAACAAUGGCUUCAGGCCAGGAGAAACAACCGGAGCCAAUGGGAGUGA